AUGUCUUCCUCUUCAUCUUCUACACCGAACAAGUCAACUUCGGCUUCACCCACGAUCACACCUUUGCACGAUCCCAAACAUCAAGCAAAGGUCAUUCAGCCUGUAAAACCUCUGGGUACAGCUAAUCCCAACCAAGUCGUACCCGGACAAAUGACGGCUGCUUCAGCUGCUGGAUUAGGUCAAAAGGCUUUAUUAGCCAAACGAUUCGCUAAAGCCAACAAACCUACGAUAUCACCAACGGAUCAACUGCAAUCACCUUGUACAGCUAAAUUGGCGGGUGCUAAACAGCGUCAUUUCGUAAAGGCCAAACCAGCUUCUUUAGCUCAAUCCUUUGUUGCGAUCAGAGAAUCGUCAAGUGCCGCUUCAUCAGGUGCAAAUACCAAGACUGAUUUCUAA